GAUUCUGACUCAAAAAGGAAUCCAAAGAUCAAUGCUGAUUGUUGUCCGAAUAAAAUCGCCGCAAUCUACGGCGAGACCUCACGAUUGACGUAUAAAAAUAAAUAUUUCGUUGAUUAGACUCCACAUCGCGUGUCGAGCGUUAUUGUAUAUUCGUGAUUCAUGGCUCGGAAUUUCGAGGCGGAGAAAUCAGCCAAUCGCGAAUUGGAGCAGAAAAUCUCACGCAUGCGCGAUCAUUCGAGUCUCUAGUAGACGCUGUCACAUAUUUGCUGCAACCAGAGAGAAAGCUACCCUCCAUUUGCAAGAAAGGAACAGGCUGGACAAAAUUCAAUAAAACACAUUAAAAAUUUGAACAAUUAAGUUGAAGCUCUUCCGGAAGUGCAUAACGGGAAAUGAUUGGCCACCUCUUUGUCAUUGUUUUUCGUGCUGUGUGUAAGAGCCAUAAUAUAAUAUAUGUAUAUCUCAUCUCGGUGCCGGUAGAAAGGGAAAUAUCAUAAAAAGUGGUAUUUACAACAUUUUAUUACGCUUCUCGCGAAAGUCGAGGGUUAACUUAUAUUCCAUCGCGACACACAAGCGUGUUCCUGGUGUGCUUCAACGAAGUUCAAGUAAUUCAUAGACCCCUUCAUCAUGAUGAACAUUAAUACGAGGGUAUUCUUUGACAUCGAAGUCGGUGGACUACCUAUGGGCAGAUUAAUAUUUGAGCUUUUCACGGACAUUUGUCCUAUAACAUGUGAAAACUUUCGUGCUUUAUGUACUGGAGAAAAAGGACUUGGGAAAACGACAGGCAAACCUUUGCAUUAUAAAGGCAUUAUUUUUCAUAGGGUUGUAAAAGAUUUUAUGAUUCAAGGUGGAGAUUUUUCAAUAGGUAAUGGGACAGGUGGUGAAUCGAUUUAUGGUGGUACAUUUGCAGACGAAAACUUUAUUAUGAAGCAUAAUACCUUUUUAUUGUCAAUGGCAAAUCGUGGUAGAGAUACAAAUGGUUCACAAUUUUUCAUUACAACACAACCAGCGCCUCACCUCGACAAUGUCCAUGGUUUUGGAGAAGUAGUGUCUGGGCAAGAAAUCAUUACACACAUUGAAGGACUUCCAGUAGACCGCAUGUCACGUCCAUUACAAGAUGCUAAGGUUGUCAACUGUGGCGAACUGGUUUUGAAGAUCAAGAGUAAAGCAAAAAAGCGAGAAGCAAAACAAAGUAGUUCAACAGAUUCCGAAUCUGACUCGUAUGCCGAUAAAACAAAGAAGAAAAAGAAGAGUAAAAAAAGUAAAAAGAAGGUGAAGUCGGAAGAUGGUGAAAUUCGGGAUUCUAAUGAGGAAGACGAUGGACAACCUCAUCCACUAGUAUCUGUCACUAAAAUUGAUCCUGAUGAAAUUCCAGAAGUACCAGCAAAUAAAUUUUUAUAUAGAGCAGGAUCCACCAAUAAUGCAAAUCAGAAAGAAUUUAGACAGCAUUACGGAAGAGAUCGUGUACGAUCUCAUAGAAAGACUAGUCGUAUUUUUAAGGGUAGAGGAAUAUUCCGAUAUCAUACUCCUUCUCGAAGCCGUUCCAGAAGUAUGACUCCACCUCAUUGGAAGCAAGCUCAGAAUCGUACUAUCAAACUGCACGAAUUUCAAAAGAUAGAAAAGGAACGUAUCAAGAAAGAAGAAGAAUUUGAUAAACAACGCGACACUGACAGAUUUAAAAAAUUCGGAGAUAAUUGCGAUGAAAAUAAUCAAGUACCAGAUCUUGAUAAUAUAUGUGCAGAAUUGAUGGAGAAUAAAGAAAAUGAUCAGGCAGAUGAGACAGCAGAUAUGAAUAAAUUAGCUUAUCAACAAGAUAACAAUGCAAAGGAUGACAAUGACAUUACGCAAAACAAAGAAGAGAUUAAACAUAAGAACGAAAAAUCAUUGAAACGCGACAACAGUCGAUCCUACAACGACAGAAGUUCCCGACGUGAUUCGAGAGACAGAAGCAGAAGACGCGGACGUUCUCGGUCAAGAGAUCGUCGAAGGUCCAGAGAGAGGGAUUAUGAUCGCAGAGGAAGUCGUGAUAGAAGGAAUCGGAGAAAUUAUUCUCCCCGUAGACGAGAUUCUUACAGAAUGAAUAGGCCUGGAAGAGAUAACUACAGACACUACGACAGGCGCAACGACAGACGUCCAAAUAACUUUAAUUCCUAUCAAGACAACGAUAACAUUUCGCGCUUUGACAAAAAUAAAUAUAAAAGAAAUGAUAAUGUAACAGAUACGAGUCAACAGAAAUUCAGACGUCGUUCACGAUCAAGCAGUUCCAGUAGCCAACACUCUAAAGAGUAGUAUGUCUGUAUGUAUGUCACAUUUUAGGUUUUUCUUUUACUAUCACGUAUGAAAAAUUACUACAAUGUCGAUUAUAUACUAUUGAAAAGAAAUCAUCAACAAUAGUUUGUGGCUCAACAGCUAUAUAAUAAUACUGAAACUAUAUAACUCAAUUCUCUUUUGAUCACUUAUUUGUGGUUAAUGCACGUUUCAUCACUAUGAAGUGUACAAAAAGUAUGUUAUAUAUUCUUUUACAUCUA